AUGACUAUGAAGGAGAAACCAGUGGAAACCAUCGAUGUUAAUCCCAAACCUAAGUCAAGGGCUCAUAUUCCCAAGAUAUCACGACAGUACAAGAAUGAUUAUACCGGUCUAACAUACAAUUUAAAAUCUUUUACUUACGACAUUGUCGUUUUCCUUUUUAAUAUCCUUUUUACAAUUUUCUUUAGGGAGAUUAAAGUCCGUGGUGGUUAUAACAUACCACCGAACGGUACACCAACAAUUUUAGUCUGUGCUCCUCAUGCGAAUCAAUUCAUUGAUCCUUCUCUAGUCAUGACCACUACGAGGAAACUCGCUGCUACUCAUGGUAGUUCAAGAGGUAGACAAGCUUGCUUUGUAACUGCCGCCUCCAGUUUGAAAUUGAAAUUAGUAGGGUUUUUCGGUCGUUGUAUGGGGAGUGUCCCCGUAGAGAGAGCUCAGGAUAAUUUAAAACCUGUCUCCUCAAAUAUUGAAAUUUAUGCUCCUGACUUAAUUAACAAUUCAACUUUAAUUAAAGGUAGAUGUCGUACGGGAGAAAACAUCUCACCUCAAUUUACAAAGAGGUUCAAUGCAAAAGGUUUACUUGGAUUACCAAAUUAUUUAAGCAAUGCUCAAAUUGCAAAAGUGGUUGAUGAUGAAACUAUAAUCUUAUCAUCUCCUUUCAAAUCUUCCAAUCCGAAAGUGAGAGAAUAUUUAGAGGAAGGAACCACUUUCAAAUAUGCUAAACCAAUUGAUAAUACUCAAGUGUUCCAAAACGUUUUUGAUCAUUUACAUACUAAGGGUUGCGUUGGUAUUUUUCCAGAAGGUGGGUCACAUGACAGACCUUCUUUAUUACCAAUAAAAGCAGGUGUCGCGAUUAUGGCAUUAGGUGCUGUUGCCGCAGAUCCAUCAAUGACAGUUUCUGUCGUACCAGUCGGAUUACAUUAUUUCCAUAGAGAUAAAUUUAGAUCAAGAGCUGUAUUGGAAUAUGGUGAACCAAUUUUAGUUAAUGGAGAAAUGGGUAAGCAAUAUGCAUUGAAUUCAAGGGAAACUGUUUCUAAAUUAUUGACAAAGAUUACUGAUGCGCUAUUUUCUGUUACAGAGAAUGCUCCUGAUUUCGACACUUUAAUGACUAUUCAAGCUGCCCGUAGAUUAUAUCAACGUUCCAAAUUGACACUAAGUUUACCUGUCAUUGUCGAGAUUAAUAGAAGAUUACUUGUUGGUUAUUCUAAGUUUAAAGAUGACGAAAGAAUUAUCAAUUUGAAAAAAAUGGUUCAUGAAUAUAAUGAUAAAUUAUUUGCAAUGGGAUUAAAAGAUCAUCAAGUUAUGUCAUUACAUACUGGUCCAUUAGAAACAAUAAGAUGUUUAUUUUAUAUUGUUUCAAGAGUAGCAAGAUUAUCUGUGUUUUUUGCUCUAUCAUUACCGGGAUCUAUAUUAUUUACACCAAUUUUCGUUGGUUGUAGUAUUUAUUCCAAGAAAAAAGCAAGAGAAGGUUUAAAGAAAUCCUUAGUAAAAAUUAAAGGCACAGAUUUAUUAGCUACUUGGAAACUUAUAGUUGCAUUAAUUAUGGCCCCAAUUCUUUAUGUCACGUAUUCGUUAAUGUUAGUUUCCAUUGCAUCCAAAAAUGAAAUAUCAAUUUGGGUUCCGUCAUCAAGUCCAAUCAUCCAAUUCUUUUAUUUUUAUGCCAUACUAGUCUUCAUUUCAUAUUCAAGUUUGAAAACUGGUGAAAUCGGAAUGGAUCUUUUCAAAUCAUUACGCCCUUUAUUUAUUACAUUAUUCUAUCCUAAGCAAAAAAUUGAAGAGAUUCAAACAACGAGAAAGAAAUUGAGUUUAGAAAUUACAACUAUUUGUAAUGAAUUAGGUCCACAUGUAUUCAAAGAUUUUGAUCAAUUUGCAACUACCAAUAAAUUAACUGAUGAAUCUGAUAGUAAAUUGACAGUUAGAGGUCGUCACCAAGAACAAACUCCUGAUUUCCUAAAGAUUCAACAUGAUUCAAUUCGUGGACGUAGUAGUGAUAGAGACGUUGGUUCUAGUAGAUCUUCUUCUGUAGGGUCUGUCGUUUCAAGAAUAUCAAGUGCGUUGUCUAGAGUCAAUUCUAGAGGUUCAUUGUCUAAUGUUCCAAUUUUAUCAGAGGGGAGGUCAAAUUACCGAUAUGUUUAUGAUUCCUCUUCAAGUGAUAGUGAUAAUGAAGAUGCUACGGGAAAUUCGAAGAUCACUUCUUUAAUUAGAGAAAAAUGGGAAGCUUCUCAUGCAAAGGGUGAAUAA